GCACGACAUCAUAAUCCUUCAACUGUUGUUACUCUCAAGAGCCUUUUCCCAAACAUGACUCCCGUUUGUCCGCCUCCUCCUCCUCCUCCUCCUCCACAGUGUUUUGACAGAGACCCGCUCUAUGCUCAGGGGAUGGUUAUGCCUGUCGUUCUCGAUACGGACCUUACUACUGUUGUUGACAUGACAAGGGCCAAGAACAUCGCCCCACACAAGAUUGACAAAUCAAUAUGGCACUUGCAGGAUUCUGACCGGAUCCUCAAAAGAGGGCCAAACGUGAGAGUUACGGAAGCGGAAGCGCUACGAUUUGUUGCCUCGUCAACCCGUGUGCCUGUUCCAGAAGUCUUCGGGGCUUACGAGAAGGAUGGCUAUGGUCACAUCUUCAUGUCUAGGGUCAACGGAACACCGCUCCAUGACGUCUUGCACAUUUUGAACGAGGCUUUAAACCCUGUCGCGACAUAUUCUUUCACCACAAACAUGCCGGAACGGGGAUAUGGUCCGUUUAAAUCCCGAGCAGAGUACUACAAUGGCCUUAUUGAUGCACUUCGAAACUCCAGGCCUGGUGGAGAAUUUGACGACAACGACGUACACCUGAUCGAAAGAAUUCAAAGACUUGGCAAUGGACGGGCUGUAUUCUGCCAUGGUGAUUUGACCCCGGAUAACAUACUCGUUGACGAUCGACUCAACGUGGUUGGCAUUGUGGACAUGGGUGUUUCAGGGUUCAGCAUACAUGAGCGGGAGUACUUCGAAGCAAAAUCCCGGGCAAGGAACCCCGUGUGGUCUUCCAUGAUCGAACACAUCAUCCCUAAGAUACCAGACGACGUUUACUCAUUACUGUUAGAGCUCGAGCGAGAGCUCGUACGGUAUAGUGGGCUGUGA